GCUCACUUUGCUUUCAGCGGCUCUUAGCAGCAGUCAGCAGCUACACACAGCAGAUCUACUGCCCUGAUGAGCAACACUAUCUUAUGAGGAGGAAAAUGGAAUAAACAUGGCCCACAAUAGAAGCUUUUUCCUCGAAGCGCUGGAUAGAUCAGAGACCAGGCGAGAUGGAGGGUACAAGCACAACUGGAGCUUUUCUCUUUCUGAUGACAGUGAAGAGGAAAGGAGACAUGAUGUGAGUGUGGUGAGCAUGGAGGAGAUGGACCGGCAGCAGCCGACCUCCCCCGAGGAGAAAAAGUCUCCCACUCUUAGGCACUUCACAAUGUCCGAUUCGUUGAGAACAUAUGAAAACCGGCCAAAUAAUCACAUGAGGCCUCUGAACAAGCUGGCACCCAAAAGGCUCGGCGAAGCCCCUCUCACAGUAGCAACGUCCACCCCCAUGCCCAACUAUUUCAUCAUCAGUCCCACACCUUCACAAGGAAUCGUUUUACAAGGACGGCACUUUCAGCACGCACAGAUGCCCUCGGCAAUAAGAAAGCCAGUUCAAAGAAACGACUUCUCCACCACGCAACAAGCUGUAGAAGUGGACAGCAUCGUCCUCACCUGUCCAGAAGUCCCAGAAGAGGGCACCCUGAACAUUAAACGUCGCGUCCAGCAGAAGAGGAAACCAUUGGAUGGUUGCUGUAGUUUUCCUUCAGACGUCAAAGCGUCAGAGCCUCUGCGGCCAACCGCCUACCAAACGGUGUGUAUGAAGUGCAACAAGCCGAGCGAGGACAGCAGCAAGUGUCAGACCUGUGGGAGCAGUUCACCGCUGCUGUCCUCUCAGCAGGCCACGCUGUCGUCCCCGACCCCCCGACCUCCCAUCAGAUCCCAGCCCUCCCCCGGACCAAACAGCCUGCAGCAGAACUUCUACAAACCUGCCACGACCAUGAGGGCGCCCCGAGGAGAGCCUGUGCCCAUACGGAUCACGACCACCAGGGGGACCCUGCUGCCUCUGAACAAUGACAGGGCCCCGCUGUUAGCCAGCACGUCCAACUGCUGCAGAGCCAGGAACCCACCUAAAGGGAAGAGGAGCCAGCAGCACGAGCUUAAUGACCCCAUCGUCCUGUCCAGUGAUGAUGACGAGGAUGAGGCCGACAACGCCAGCACAGGCAGCGUCAACAGACUGGACAGCGUUUCUCCUCGACCCGCCGACUCCGCCCACUCCUCUCCGGUGCCCUCCGGUGGCAGAGUGGAGGCGGCGGUGAAGAGCGCCGGAGAGCAGGAGGAGGUGAACACGGAUUUCUUUGAAGACGUCAACAUGAAGGUCACGAUACCACGGAAAGCCCGGAUGAGAGAUCAGUUUGGAAAUCAACCCCCUGAGACAUUUUCACCGAGGCCAAAGAAGUCCAGAUUUAUGCCCAAUAAGUGUGACAGCAUCAUACUGGAGUGUCGGAGUGUAAGAGUAGGAACUCUACGGAGGAUGGUGACGAAGCCCGUUGUUUUUUCCAUCGACCACAUCCAGCUGGAAACUGAAGUCCCGGAACACGGCAGCCUGGAGAACGUUUGUCUGCAGGCGUCGGAGCUGAUCAGCUGUGAGUGGUGCAGCGUCCGGAAGCUUCCCGUCUUGUUUUUCCAGACGACUCCAGCAGAGUGCCUCCGCCUGCGCACACAGCUCAACAUGUCCAAGGAGAAGGGAAGCCAGUGGUACGACUGCGCCGGGGACCAGUCAGACGAGAAAUACAUCGUCCUGAUCUUUGAGAACGGCCUGGCGUUGAAGGAGCAGAUGAUCCUGGAGGACAUCCUGGGUGAGAUCGGCAGGACCAACAACCUCAUCAACUUCCCGGCCAAGCUGCCCUUCGAGGAGGCCAACAUCCGGCUGGUCAACUACAACAAGGCGACGAGGCAGAAGUGGGAGAAGGUGAAACCAUUACACACUCAGAUCAAAUUCACCCCUGUCUCCCCGGUUACCAAGGUCACCCCGGGCAGCAAGGUCACUCAAGUUUCCCCGGUAACUCCCGUCAAUAUGCCUGUACGAACACGGAUGGCCACCCGUCACCAGACCAGCACUUACUUUGAAGAUGAAGACGAGGACAUGACCGACCUCCAGCCCACCUUCUCCGGACCAGUCGUUAAGUUAAUGGUGUACCCUCCUCCUCCAGCCAAAGGUGGCAUAACAGUCACCAAUGAAGACCUCCACUGCCUUAAUGAUGGAGAAUUCCUAAAUGAUGUAAUCAUAGACUUUUAUUUAAAAUAUUUAGUUUUAGAGAAAUUAAAAAAAGAAGACGCACAAAGAAUCCAUGUGUUCAGCUCCUUCUUUUAUAAGAGACUGAACCAGAGAGAGCGCAGGAACGUCCCAGACACAACAAACCUGCCUAUCCAGAAAAGGAAGCACAACAGGGUAAAGACGUGGACUCGGCACGUGGAUCUGUUCCAGAAGGACUUCAUUUUCGUUCCCAUCAAUGAAUCAGCUCACUGGUACCUGGCGGUCAUCUGCUUCCCGGGCCUUGAGGGUCCAGUGUUUGAGCUGAACCCACUGUUUCACGGCCCGAUCCCAGCCUCCACCUCAGCUUCUGAUCUCCACUCGGAGGAGAACAUCCCAGACCACUGCCGUCCUCUGUCCCCGGACAGAGACGGACUGGACAGCUCCUCUGAGGAGCCGUCACCUGAAGCCCCAGAGGGAUCCUCGGAGGGUCAGACUGACGGUGACCUCGCCAUUGAAAACUCUGCCUUCAUCGAGGGGAGCCAAGAGCCGUCGAGCAACGACCAGGGCGACCCCGAGCAACAAUACACAAGUGAGUUGCACAGAAUCAGUGUCUGUUACAGUUCAGGAAAAGGAGACGACGACACCUAUUACUCCUUCUCUGAUGACCAAAGCUCCUGUCAGGAUGAGUGCAGCGAUGACGGGACUCUGGCUGAAGAUACCCUCUCCUCCGACACCUCGAGUUUGGCCUCAAAACCGAGCCUGUGCAAACAGCCUUGUAUUCUCAUCAUGGACUCCCUGCGUGGUCCAGCCAGGUCCACUGUGGUGAAAACUCUGAGAGAGUACCUGGAGGUGGAGUGGGAGGUACGAAAAGGAAGUCAGCGGAGUUUUGGGAAGGAAGUGAUGAGGGGCUCCAGCCCACGUGUGCCUCAGCAGGAUAACUUCAGCGACUGUGGAGUUUACAUCCUGCAGUAUGUGGAGAGCUUCUUUGAGAAACCGAUUCCCAGCUUCCAUCUGCCUGUGAACCUGUCGGAGUGGUUCCCUCAGCAGAGAAUGAAGACGAAGCGCGAUGAGAUCAAGGAGCUGAUCCUGAAGAUUCAGGCGCAACAAGAACUGGGCAAGAAGGAGUCCGACCAGGUCGAGGCUCGGCUGGACUCCCCAGAGGAGCCCGAGAUCGAAGAGACAUCUGGGUCGAAGGGCAGGCCGUCAAACCUACCCAUCAGCCCCUGAGUCCACCUCACCCUCACCCUCCUCCUCCUCUCCCUCAUCUCCCCCCGUCACUCCCAGGCUCAUGGGGGUGAACCUGAUUGUACGCUGCUGGUUUUACUUCAACGUGUCUGAACGGUCCUCAGCUCCCUCCAUUAACCACAGACAUCAAACCACACCUUUAAAUUUGUAUUGAAUAAAACACGUACUGUAAAUAUGCUGGAGUUUUUCUGCUGCCUUUGUAAUUUACUGUUUUAUGACUCAUUCAUGAAGUGGCCCAUUUAAGUUAUGUUUUCAUAGAUGUUCUUCUCUCCAGGAGGAUCUGUGCAGAAGAUACUGUUUCGCUCUUGCAUAGUUAUUUUUUAUGCUUUCAAGUUAGUUGCUGUUAUUUGUAAGUUAACAAUCCACGCGUCGGGAAAAAAAUAAACUGUUUUCAGAGGGCUGAUUUGCAGCUCAUGAGUCACAUACGUAGUUCAGUGCUUGUUGUGUCUCUUCGAUGUGGAGUGGAUGAAUUUUCAGCAUUAAAAGCAACGAUAGAUGCAAGAGCA